UGCGGCUCCCGGAAGCGCGGGCCCGCAGGGGCGCCAUGGAGAAGUACGAGCGGAUCCGGGUGGUGGGGAGAGGCGCCUUCGGGUGAGGCAGGGCACGGGCUGCGGGUGGGUGAGGGGAAGAGAACGGGGGAGGUAGGGCACCGUCGAGGAGGAAAGGACAAACACGCCCAGUUCGGCUCUGCCGGGCCUGGCAGCGCCAGCCUGGCCUCCAUGGGCUCCCGUCCAGCUCUCGGAAGUCCCGCCCUCGCUUCCGGCCCCUGGUUCCCACCCACAACCGGGCGGACCCUUAAGUCCCGCCCCUGGGACGCGUCUCGUUUUGGCCACGCCUUUCUCGGCUCAACCUUUUGGCUUGUCCAUUUAUUCGCGCGCCCCCCGCCCCCCACGUGCCCCGAGCCAGGCCUUGUGCUCCCCACGACUCCGCGUGUCUGAGCUAAAGCGCGUGCCUGGGACUCCAAGGGCCUGGAUUCCAGCCCCGCUUCUGACCCUAACUUGUCAUGUGACUACCCCCAGUCACAAAAGCUCAGUUUAGAUGACUCUGCUCUCAGUUCUUGGGGGUCCCAUGAUCCUCCGGACCCUCCCCUCCUCCCCAUGCCCGCCGAUCUUCCCGCACCCUUCCCUGCCCAAGUCUUCCUGUCAGUUGAUGAGCCAGCAUUUAUUAAGCACCCACGGCAUGCCCUCCAGGAUCGUGCACCUGUGCCUGCGCAAGGCCGACCAGAAGCUGGUGAUCAUCAAGCAGAUCCCGGUGGAGCAGAUGACCAAGGACGAGCGGCUGGCCGCCCAGAACGAGUGCCAGGUGCUCAAGCUGCUGAACCACCCCAACGUGAUCGAGUACUACGAGAACUUCCUGGAGGACAAGGCCCUCAUGAUCGCCAUGGAGUACGCCCCAGGGGGCACGCUGGCCGAGUACAUCCAGAAGCGCUGCAACUCGCUGCUGGACGAGGAGACCAUCCUGCACUUCUUUGUCCAGAUCCUGCUGGCCCUGCACCACGUGCACACCCACCUCAUCCUCCACCGCGACCUCAAGACCCAGAACAUCCUCCUGGACAAGCAGCGGAUGGUGGUGAAGAUCGGGGACUUCGGCAUCUCCAAGAUCCUGAGCAGCAAGAGCAAGGCCUACACCGUGGUGGGGACCCCCUGCUACAUCUCCCCGGAGCUGUGCGAAGGCAAGCCCUACAACCAGAAGAGUGACAUCUGGGCCCUGGGCUGCGUCCUCUACGAGCUGGCCAGCCUCAAGCGGGCCUUCGAGGCCGCGAACCUCCCCGCGCUGGUGCUGAAGAUCAUGAGCGGCACCUUCGCGCCCAUCUCGGACCGCUACAGCAUCGAGCUCCGCCAGCUGGUGCUGAGCCUGCUGAGCCUGGAGCCCUCCCAGCGGCCCCCUCUGAGCCACAUCAUGGCCCAGCCCCUGUGUGUCCGCGCGCUGCUCAAUCUCUACACCGAUGUGGGCAGCGUCCGGAUGAAAAGGGUAGAGAAGCCCCUGGGACGUGUGCCCGCGCUUCCCUGUGGCCGAGCAGGCGGCAGAGCCGGCGGCCCCCGCGCCCGCGGGCUGCCCCAGGGGCUGCCCCGGCCGGCCAUCCCCCCUCCCCUGUCCUCCGUCUACACCUGGGGCGGCGGGCUCAGCGCGCCCACCAGGCUGCCCAUGCUCAACACCGAGGUGGUGCAGGUCUCAGCCGGGCGCACCCAGAAGGCGGGCGUCACGCGCUCGGGGCGCCUCAUCAUGUGGGAGGCGCCUCCCAUGGGCGUCGGGGGCGGUGUCCUGCUGCCCGGAGCCUUGGAGCAACACCAGCCCCAGUUCGUGUCUCGCUUUCUGGAGGGCCAGUCGGGGGUGACCAUCAAGCAUGUGGCCUGCGGGGACCUCUUCACCGCCUGCCUCACUGACCGAGGCAUCAUCAUGACCUUUGGCAGCGGCAGUAACGGCUGCUUGGGGCACGGCAGCUUCACCGACCUCAGCCAGCCUACAAUUGUGGAGGCCCUGCUGGGCUAUGAGAUGGUGCAGGUGGCCUGUGGGGCCUCCCACGUCCUGGCCCUGUCCACAGAGCGAGAGCUGUUUGCCUGGGGCCGUGGGGACGGUGGCCGACUGGGGCUGGGGAGCAGGGAGUCUCACAGCUCCCCGCAGCAGGUGCCCGUGCCCCCCGAACAGGAAGCGCAGUGGGUGGUGUGUGGUAUCGACUCCUCCAUGAUCCUCACGGUGCCUGGCCGGGCCCUGGCCUGUGGCAGUAACAGAUUUAACAAGCUGGGCUUAGACCGAGUGUCCCCCGGGGAGGAGCCUGCCCCCCACGACCAGGUAGAAGAAGCCCUGAGCUUUAUGCCCCUUGGCUCCGUACCCCUCGACUCGGAGCCGCUAGUGAGUGUUGAUGUGGGCACUGCCCACUCGGCUGCUGUGACGGCUUCUGGGGAAUGCUACACAUUUGGCAGCAACCAGCACGGGCAGCUGGGCACCAGUGCCCGCCGGGGCAGCCGAGCCCCCUGCCUGGUGGCGGGGCUCGAGGGGACCAAGGUGGUGAUGGUGGCUUGUGGGGACGCCUUUACCGUGGCCAUCGGUGCAGAAGGAGACGUGUACACGUGGGGCAAAGGGGCCCGGGGCCGCCUGGGGCGCAAGGAUGAGGAUGCCGGGCUCCCGCGGCCUGUGCAGCUGGACGAAGCUCAGCCCUACACGGUGACCUCUGUGUCCUGCUGCCACGGGAACACCCUGCUCGCCAUCCGCCGUGAGUCACCCGCCGCUGCCACGGAGGAGUCCAUACCGCCGUGAGGACCUCCAGCUAGAUUUCUGCCCCGCAGAGAACGGAUAGGCCGGCCUCCUGCCCUCUGUGCCACCCCUAACUGGCACAGGGGGUACUAGCUGCUUUGGCGUGGGCAGUGCCCCCUGGGCAGUCAGGACGUUGCCUCUAAGAAGCUGGCGUGGCUUACCCCCCGAAGGCCCCCGCUAUCCCAGCCCCCUGCAGUGCCUGGGCACAGGCCGCCAGCUCAUCAGGCAUGUGUGCUCACUUCCAGGCCAGGUAUGGCCCGCCCCUCCCCCAUGCCAGGCCUUCACCACACCCCAGGAGCCCUGGGCCCAACCCACCGGGGACACUGGUUCUGGUAAAUAAACUUGGCAGGCGGGAGGGGCAGGUGCCCCCUCUCGGGGCCUCGCCACGCCAGGGCCCAGGAGACGAGCUUUGGUGGGGCGGGCUCUGUGGGUUUCCCCAACACCCCCUCCUGAAAUCCAAAAAAUGGAGACUGGAGGCCGGGCGCCUGGGUCCAAGACAACAUAAGCAAGUUUGGGCUUGUCCCCGUGGGCCAGAGCUCCCCCCCCGCGGUGGAAGGGCACUGCCCCCCCCACCCCGGCAGCCCCACUGCGUGGCUGAGCAUCACAGUGGGUUGCACGGCGUGAGUUUCUUGGGGGGAAGAGGGCAGUGUUUGGGGCACCGGAGGGCAGAGCCAUAAGGCCGAGAGAGGUCUGAGGGAGGAGCAAAGAGAGGAGAGGGAGGAAGCACUUUAUUGACUCUUAUUCAUGGAACCCCUUUGUGGGGCUUACAGAAGCCGCCUUGGACAGCCCUGCCAGGGCUCAGGUGGCAAGGGGCAGCGGGGUUUCCUCUUGGUGCCCUCAGAAAGGCUUUCGGAUGCCAGAGCAGGGUUUGGAGGGGGUGGGCAGGGGGCCGUGGGAGUGGGGGAUGGGGGCUAAUAAACUGAAGCCAAAGACCA